GUCCAGAUUGUUCUUUGAACGUCCCUUCCACGGAGUCUUACUGGAUUCUACCAAACGUAAAGCCAUUCAGCCCUUCUGUGGGCCGGGCUUCCCAUAAGGCAGUCCUACACGGGAAAUUUAUGUGGGUGAUUGGUGGAUACACUUUUAACUACAGUUCAUUCCAAAUGGUGUUGAACUACAAUUUGGAAAGCAGUAUAUGGAACGUAGUACCCAUAUCCAAAGGGCCACUCCAGAGAUAUGGACACACUCUUGCUUUAUAUCAGGAAGACAUCUACAUGUACGGAGGCAAAAUCGAAACAAAUAAUGGCAAUGUUACUGAUGAGCUUUGGAUUUUCAACAUACACAGCCAAACAUGGAGUAGCAGAACUCCUGCAGUACUUGUACAUGGCCAGCAGUAUGCUGUGGAAGGUCAUUCAGCACACAUAGUAGAGCUGGACAGCAGAGACGUGGUUAUGAUUAUAAUUUUUGGAUAUUCUGCCAUAUAUGGUUACACAAGCAUUGUGCAGGAGUACUAUAUCAGGUCUAAUUCUUGGCUUGUACCAGAAACAAAAGGAGCAAUUGUGCAAGGUGGAUAUGGCCAUACUAGCGUCUAUGAUGAACUGACCAAAUCUGUUUAUGUCCAUGGUGGAUACAAAGCGUUACCUGGCAAUAAGUAUGGAUUGGUGGAUGACCUUUACCGAUAUGAAGUUAAUACUCGGACAUG